GACUUCUGAGGCACUCUUGUGUUGGACUUGAGAAGAGUAUUGUUUUGUUUUUUUCUUCCUUUUUCUCCCCCUCCGACUCCGCCGCCUCCUCCACCCACUGAGCAGCGCUUUUAGUUGUUGAGUGAAAUCCCUGCAUGUUUGUUGACAGACUAAAUUGACUGUUGCAGUGUAUUUCAGUCCUUUCCUUUAUUUAUGCUUUAUAUUAUUUAUUUCAACGAUUUGCAUUUAAUUUUCGGAUCUCGAGCCUAUUAUUAUAGUAAGUAAAAUGUACUCAGCAGUCGACGCCACCAGUGGGGAAUUGCAGCACGCACACACCUUCUAGAAUUCGUAAGUGCAUCCCAUUACAAUCGAAUGCAUUUUUUUAAUUAUUUGUAGCUGGUGCUGAGGUGUUAAUCUCCAAAAACAUUUUUGACAAGUACAUUUUGCAGUAUAUCCUCCUCCUGGCCCUCCAACAACAUCACUAGCAGAUACAGCAGAGCGUAGCUAUAUCAACGUCUCUGUGAUUGGUCGAAAAGUCAGACUCGGCUAUACCUUCCCUUUAACUUUUUUUUUUUUUUUACUAUGACAGAUAGAGAUACUGAAUUCUACCUGACAACCGCAAUGACCUUAAUUCUGAUUGGGUAAGGCUUUUUUGUCCACCAAGGGAGGCAACGCCUUUUUGCGAAGCCUCCUUUGAUGGCUGGUUUGAUCUCACACAGUGACACCCGGCAAUGACCAGAGCGAAAUGGCACUAUAUUUAUUAGGUUAAUACACAUAGCAUCUCAAACUGUGUUUUUACUGUCAUCACAUUGAAUUCCCCCCUUCAAAUUUAUGAGGAGGCGCUGCCUCCCCCGACGAGCCGCGACUUGCUGUUCACUAUAUUUCAUGAACCCAAAAUGGUUGAAUUUAUUUCUAUACGCCCAAUUUUCGUUUCUUCUGUGUACUUUUAUUCUACCUUCAUUAUUCGGGCCAGGUAAAUAUACUUGACAUUAAACUAAACGUUGCACUCAAGUCGAACGAUGUACUGAUUUUCUUUUUUAUUUUUGAGCUGGGACUUUAUUGUUUUAUACGAAACGCUUUUCUUUUUUGAAAUUUUGGACAUUUUCUUUUCUUUUCAUUUUUUCCUUCUUUUCAACUGAAGAGCGGCAGCAGUGGCGCAAACGCACAACUUCGGACAAUGUAGUUCACAACAGACACAUUCCUUCGCCGCUCCGCUGGGAACAGCCUACACUUCCCGGCAUCCUUUGCGCCCCCCCCCCUCGGUCUGUUAUGUUCCUGUGCUCAGACGCGGCCAGUUCAAGUUGCCAUAGCACGGCGGAGGUGAGGCUCGCUGCCUCCGUCGGCGAACCCUCUCCGAGCCGGAAAGAAACACACGCCUUCCGUCGCGUAAAGUAUUAAUAACGCGUGCGAGUGGUUACUCUGCGCGCGUGUUUCUGUUGGACGGUAAUAUUUCAUAGGCAAAUGAGUUGGCUAACGUUGCGUUAGCUAGCUACCGCUCACAGCAGUGGCCACUUGUUGCUAGCCAGGGUGAGCGCCGGUCACAACAAUGACUGAUUGAUUAGAAGAGGCGCAGAGUGCGUCGUGGUCUUCUCUUGCUCGGAUAGGGUUGUGGGGUUUUUUUUUUGCCUCUGCAGGUUGCGAUGUCAGAGCUCCGAUGUCCGUUUUCUGUGAUCAAAACACGUAUUGUGACAGAUCACAACCGCCCCACGUUGUUCGUUAAUCUGAUUAAGUUCCAGUAAACAGUUAGUGGGGGUUUGCGCCGACGAAGCUCGGGCCGACCACUGACCGUCACAUUUGCCCAGUCAGCUGUUAGUUAGUUUUCUCUCUCGCUGCGACCCCCACAAAACCUGUCCCCCAAAACUAUGGACACGUCGAGCGGGUCUGAUUCGUACGACAGGACGCGGGGACACAGGCCUCGGGGGCGUGAAGCCCAGCGCAGACCUGGCCGGGACAGGGGCACAGCCGGCGGGCGUGGAGGUGCUGAUCGAGCACCAGACAUCUCCGUGAAGAUCGACACCCUGGCAAACACUUUGCAGGACACCAGUAGAAACUUGACCAAAGUAGACCGGAUGCUGGGCCAGUACAGGGAUCACACGGAUGAUCAGGCGGAAGCCAUGGCACUGCUCAGGGAAAACCUGGAGGAGUCGAUCAGUCAGCUGCAGACACAGAGGCUGAGCAGAUCUAACGGGGCUCGUAGUGGUUCAGCUUCGGCCUCCACCCUGCACACCAGUGACCUGGAGGCCGGCUCAGGGUCAGAAGGCCCACGUUUCCUCCCUACCUCGCCACUGAAGAACUACACAGGUGCUGCGGCAAGGACGAGGAGGUCUCAGUCUGCGGGGGUUCGAUUCCAGGAUGCCAGCCUGAAAGGAAAGGAUAUUCAUUCUUUGCACCAGUCCCUGAGGGACCUACGUUGUGACCAGCUGCGACUGUCAGACGACCUGGAUAAAGAAAUCUUCCGGAGGAAUAGGUCUGAUAUUGACACCAGGCGGGCGAUGGAGAGCCUCACAGGCCACAUGACAACUUCCCAGAGACAAGACUCAGUGUCGUCUCGCGUGGAGCGGCGUCUGCAGGAGCUGGAGAGAGAGAUGCACGGCGAGGAGAGGGAGAGGAGGCCCGAGCCGCGUGGGGCCAUGUCCGACGAGCUGCUGGAGCCGUUAGCGAGACGCCCAGUUCAAUCCCACGAGAGAGACGAGGCUGUGACAGCCAGGUUAUUGAAAGCAGAGAAGUCCAAGAUGGAGCUGGAUCUGGAGCGAGCUCGACGGCUGUUGGAACAGUCAGAGGACAGCAGAGAGUCACUCGUUCAACAGGUGGAAGACAUGCGUGGUGAGCUUCUGAGGAUGAGGCAGGAAAAGACUGAGCUCCAGAGGGUCCGGCUGGAGACUUCUCACCCCGCUGUUCGACCACAUGUUAACCACACUGACAGGGAGGAGGGAAGAGGUGGAGUGCGAGGGCCAGAUCGUGCAGACCUAGAAAAAGAGGUGGCGGAGCUGCAGGUCCAGCUGUGCAAGGCCUCUGUCCUGGGUGAGGUCGUGGAACUGAAGAGGGCUUUGGAGAGCAAGGAGAAGGAGAGGGUCCAGCUCAGCUCACAGGUGGAGGAAUUGUCAACAGACCUGGCGCGGCGCGAGCAACAGCAGCUGCGAAUGCUGGAGCAGUUGAGGGAGAUGCAGAGCCGAGGGCAGGCAGAGAGGAGGGAGACGGAGGCAAUACUCCAGGAGAGCACAAGGAGCAGAGAUGAAUUGAAGACCAAGGCCCUGGAGGCCGUGCGCCAGUGGAGAGCAAAGUGCAAGAGGAUGCAGAAGCAGCUGGAGGAGGCAAAGGCCCAGGCUCAAUUCCACACUGACAAGGCCUCGCAGGCAGCCAGGGAAAAGGAGAGCUCUCUGGCUCAGCUGAAGGCGCUGAGCCAGCAGACUGAGGCGGCCCGCCGGGAGCUCGCUGAAAUCCUAGGCCGCUUGGCCCAGCGCGAGGAAGAACUCCACCGCAAGGACGUGGAGCUGUCCGAGACCCGCCAGCGGCAGUUGUCUCUGGAGCAGGAAAUGCGGGAGGUGAGGGAGGCUCUGGUGGAGGAGACUCAGCGUCAGGCCGCCGUCCAAACAAAACUAAGGGAAGAGAACCAGAGGCUGGAGGAACGAGCCAGCACCCAAGCUCGUCGUUGUCAAAGAGACCGGGAAACACAGGACGAGCUCCAGGCCGCCCUGAAGCUGAUGACCGCAGCCCGUGGCCAGCUCGCACAGCGGUUAGCUGAGGAGGAGAGCUCCAGGAAGGAGCUCCAGAAGGGCUCUGCAGAACUGCAGGCUAAACUGACAGCAACGCAGCAGGAGCAAGCAGCACUGGGUCAACAGCUGCAGCUAGAGAGAGAGGUGCAUCAGAAGGAAGUGGACAACAUGAAGGCGAUGAUGGAAGACAACAAGAUGAAGAAGGACCGUGAAGUGAAGGACAAACUUAAGCUCUGCAGUCGGGAGCACGAUGAAAUGGCACAUCUCAAGGCAGAUGCAGCGGCAGACAAGGAGCUGUGCGGGGUGCUCCGCAUCAAGUUGGACAGAAUGAAGGAUGAGUGCGAUAAGCUGGCAGCGCAGCUGAGCACAAAGGACGAGGUACAUGCACUCCUCAACAGAAAGCACCAACUCCUCAAACAGGAACUGGAUGACAAAGUCAGGUCAGCUGAACGGAGACGUGCCUCAGAAGUGGAUGAGAAGUUGCUGCGGAUGGAAGUGGAACAAGAAACGAUCCUUACCGCAAUGGGUGAGGAACUAGAUACCGCCUGCCGCAGCCUGGCAAGGAAUGGCGAAGACAAACUACAGGCAGAAUUUACGGUGGCCCAGAUGUUGCAAACAGAAGGCAAAGGCCACAACAUAACCAGCAAAGCAAUCUCACAGAAACCUGGAUUAGGGAAAGACCCCCAUCACUGGCUUGCAGAGACAAAGACAAAGCUCCGCUGGCUGAGAGAGGAGGUGCGGGAGCGUGUCACGAGAGAACAGCGCCUGAGGAAGCAGCAUCAGCAGACCAGGGAUCAGUUGAAGGCCCUUAGGCAGAGCAGGGACUCAGAAAACGCCGAUCUCAUGCAGCGCCUGGACCGACAGGAGAAGCUGCUGCACUCCCUCAGCACUGAAAAGAAAGAGCUGUUGGAGAGGAGUCGCAGGAAUGAGGACGAAAUGCGGAGCCUUCAGGAGCGCGUUUUGGAUGUAGAGACGAGCACGAGAGUCGCCCUGGACCACUUGGAGUCGAUUCCUGAAAAACAAUCUCUGAUGGAGAAUUUCAAAGAUUUGGAGGAGUCACAGCGACAGAAGGAGGUGGUAGAGCAGCGUUACACCAAAUGCAAAGAGAUCUUCUGGGACCUGCAGCACCAGCUGGACGACUCCAAACGUAGAAUCCAAGAGUGCAGAGAAGAGAAGCUGGACGCCACGUCCAGGAGCCUGAAGCUGGCUGCUCUUUCUUCCUCCAUCAAAGGCCCCCGCACGUUCCUCGGCAGCUCGCUGACGUCUCCUCACAGACGCAUGGCCAGCUCGGACUUGGAUCACUCCGCAGUCAACGGCACCAAACCCCUCACGGAUUAGCCCAACCUCAAGUGAACCUUUAUCCGUAUCUCCUCAAACCCAGACGCACGGUGCGCACCGCCGAUCCUACCUGCCUGGUGCUCAUCCAGAACUAAGAACAACUUGACGACACCAGGAGGCCUUGCACUCAACACUAAUCCUCCUCCACUACCUCAACCAGGCAAUCACUGAAGGAGCCCGGGAGCAGAGGGAUAAGACUGAGAUUUCACUCCAGAGUUCUAGAAAUACUUUGAAGGAGGAGAAAUGUUUUCGCACUGUAAAGGAGGAUGUAGUGUCAAGUGUUUUUUUAUGUAUAAGAACCUGAAUAUCAUUGUUGUAUUUAAGGGAUUCCUUCCAAAAUAGUAUGACUCAUACAUUUUAACUCAACAGCUGUUUUAUAUAUUGUUUGCCUUAUGACCAAACUGUACUCUGAUUGUCAUGCCAAUGUGUUUGUGCUCAAAAUGAUUUUGUAAACUGACUCUACACAAACAAAACUGGUGCCUUUUGAACCAUAUGCAUACUCGUCGGGUCUGUUGUAACACGUCUUUUAAUGUAUUGACCAAUAUUCUGUUUGUUUCAUGCAGUAUAUAUUUGUGCAACGAGGCAACAUAAAUGGAUAGUCUAUUUUUUAUGAAAUGCUAAAUAAGUAUAUGCACUGAAUAAAUCCCCAAGCAGCUAAAUGUCUGUUUUUAUAAGCACA